AUGACGGCUUCCGUGAAAGAAUUCGGAAAAGUUUGGUGGUCCGAAGUGUACAAUAGAAUUAUUGGUGCUGUUGUAUUUUUGGAUGAUUACAGUUCUGAGUGCUUACAUUGGGAUGGAGGGUUAUUUAAUCUUCUCACAGGAGGCGCAGUAGCUGUAAAAAGCUUAUCACCGUUUGAGUCUUCCUUAAAAGAGCAUAAAAAAGCAGUAUUUAUAACACAAACAACUGCAACUCAGUUACAAACAAUACGUGAAAUAAUUUACAACAGUGACUUCUCUCACUGUAUUUUGAUAUCAUGCAUAAGUUUGGAUGUGGUUUACCUAGAGCUCAAUGAUGGAAAAGAUGUAAGUGAUGUUAUUGCAUCUGGUAAGGCAACAACUGAGGCUACAAAACAGCUGGAAGGGAUGCUUGUUGAGUGGAUUGGCAAGAAGCCAUGUGCAACUGAAGUAGUACACAUUCCAAUAUUCACUGUCUCGCCAACAAAUAUUGUAUUUCUAACACCACCGUACCACAGAAUGUAUCCAACAUUUAAUGGAAGUUUGGCACCAGAGUCUAAUUCAAUAGAUCUAUACUCACUUAACAGCGAAGAAAGAUCACAAGUAAGGAGGCUUGCUAGUGGCUUAAAUAGUAUGUUUGAUUCCAUGAACUUCAGAGAAGAUAUAUUCUACAUGGGUACAUAUAGUUCAUUGGUGGCUGGAGUGUUAGAAAAUUCUCCUGUCUGCUUAGCUAGAAGAAAGAAUUGCUCAAACCCCAUAUCUUUAAUAAUUGUGGACCGAACAUUGGACUUGUGUGGUGUGACCAGUUACUCUAUGGAGUCUGUUUUGGAUAAAGUCAUGUCGGUGCUGCCAAGGUUCCCUGGACAUUCAAAUGACGUAGCAGUGGAUAUGUCACCUUUAUGCGAGGCUAAUGUUAUAUCACAUCCAGAUGAUGUCCAGUUAAGUCCAGGUUGUCUCUACCACGCAAACGACGAUGCCUGCAUACAAACAUUCGACUAUAUGAUUAAUAAAUCCCAAAAAGAAGUUAUGUUCGAUCUGUACAACAAGUUAUCUAAAAUUGAUGUCCAGAAGUCACCAGGACUAAAAACUUUGCUUAAAGUCACACCACAGAGUGUUGAAAAAAUAAUUACAGCUUCGAAAGGAAAUUACAACAUUAUUAGCAAGCAUGUAGGAGUACUACAACAAGCGUUAGGGGUGGUACAAACGUUAAAGUCGCCAAAGCGUAAUCAAAUCGAACUGCUUAUGAGUUUAGAGCGACAAGUGCAGCAAAAUCUCGCCGCUAGCAGGGAUUCUACCAGUGUCUUGCAUCAGAUAAGUAAUUUGAUAAAAACCCGUAAAGAAAGAAAUCUCUCUCUUGAGAAUCUUUUAGCGUUGACCACACAUGUCUACUCUCUUACUGGGACCGAGGUAUCAUUCAAUAAGCAGCACGAAGACAGCCUUACCGAGACACUGAGUGUGGCGAUAUUUGAGGACCACAAGACUUUAUUCUCCAACAUGGAUACGCAUAUAGCAAGCCCUGAAGAAUGUGAUGAGAUAGCCAAUAAGAUCUUGACAAGGCUGAAAGAUGUCUCACAGAUGAGGAAGAUUUUGCAUAGGUACACAUCCGUGCUAAAGCCGUGCGACACUGGCUCAGGUCACGAGUACCGCGGGCUACUGCAGCAACUUGUUGACGAUAUUGUGAACUCUGAUAAACCUGAACUCACCGACCUGAGGCACAGAAAUGAAGGCAUCAAGGACCUACUUCGAAGCGGAUUCAAUAUUCUAACAAGCAAGAAGUCGCGCAGCACGAAGCACCCGUUGGACAAUCCGACAGUAAUCCUCUUCGUGGUCGGAGGCGUUACAGCCGAGGAGUGCAAGCAGUUGCACCGCAGUGUGAUCACGAGUGGCAUCGACAACACACUGCUGAUAGGCUCCACUAAGUUCGUGAACCCGGUGGAAGCUAUGCGCGAUGCCUUAGCCUUAUAG